AUGUCUAGAGAUCAUUUGAAAAGGUUAGGAAAUCCAUUAACCACAUUGGAAAAAAUCAGAAACUCCGGUGGCCGAAUUGGAAAAUACGAUUCAGGACGAGGUUUUCCAUUAAACGAUGCAUUAUCAAUCCUUUCAAGAGAUAUGGAAUUAAAGUGGAGCCAUCAUCCAUGUCUCGCCGAUCAAGCAUAUAGUUUGAGUUCUUCCAUCUAUGACAUAAGUUUCUUUGCUAUUAAUUGUUGUUUUUCUCUCGUCUACGGAAAAUCUAAUGGUACUCAGCCUCCCGUUACGCCCAUCAAUCACGAUCUCUACCAUACCAGUGGAAGUUUACUGGAAGAAAUCGAAUCAUUGGUUCAUCGCCACCCGGAUAAACUCUCGAUGGAGAAAAUUUCUAGUAAAAAUAGAGGCUAUGAGACAGAGACGACAGUAGUUACUUAUUGCCAGAAAAGGAGAGAGAGCGAUGACAGAUCAAAGUUUAGGAUUCUUCUUAGUUUUGGACAGCAUGGUAGGGAGCUCAUUACCACUGAGCUAGCAUUGCGGCUCCUCUCUAUUUUAAGUGAAGAGGAAUUCUUACCCAACAUGGACCGUGUUGCAUUAAAUAAGACUCUUAAUAGGCUUGUUAUAAAGGUUGUACCGAUGGAAAAUUGGAAUGGCCGCAAACUUGUUGAAGAAGGAGAACUGUGUGAGAGAAGAAAUGGAAGAGGAGUUGAUCUCAAUCGAAAUUGGAGUGUAGACUGGGGCAAGAAGGAGAAGGAUUAUGAUCCAUAUGAAGAAAAUCCUGGGACUGCUCCUUUUAGUGAGCCUGAAACUCAAAUAAUGCGAAAACUCUCUGUCUCAUUCGAACCACAUGUUUGGGUUAAUGUGCAUUCUGGAAUGGAGGCUCUGUUUAUGCCAUAUGAUCACAAAAACACAACUCCAGUUGGACUACCUUCGAAGAUGAUGACAUCAAUGCUUGAAGUGAUGAACCAUUUUCACUUGAAAGAUCGUUGCAUAAUCGGAUCAGGCGGAGGCUCUGUUGGGUAUCUAGCUCAUGGGACGGCUACUGAUUACAUGUAUGACAUUGCUAGGGUGCCCAUGGCUUUUACCUUUGAGAUAUAUGGAGAUAGCGAAGCCUCCUCAAAAGACUGCUUCAAAAUGUUCAAUCCUAUCGAUAUCACCACCUUUAACAGAGUACUAAAUGAUUGGUCUGCAGCAUUCUUCAAGAUGUUCAGUAUAGGCUUAGAGCAGAUGGAUGAACUUCACUCAAAGGCAGUUGCAUCCACUUUUGACAAGUGGGUAUCAAUAGAUGACUACCUUAACGGGUAUCUAAUGGAGAGGAAAAAUAGAUAUGGGAAGAAGGUAGAGGUGCUCGAUCUUGGAAUGCAGGAAAUUAGAACAUAUUUCAGACUAUUCUUGCUAUCGUCUGUGUUGUUGUUGUUCAUGUUUUGUUCAAGAAUCUCAAAGAGCACUAGACCUCUUGUUUCUGCCAUGAAUUCGUAA